CGAAGAUGGCGGCCUAGGCGGGGACCCCGGCCGCAGCAUGACGCGCUGGGUGCCCACCAAGCGCGAGGAGAAAUACGGCGUGGCGUUUUAUAACUAUGACGCCCGGAGCACAGAUGAACUGUCCCUGCAGAUUGGAGAUACGGUGCACAUUCUGGAGACCUAUGAAGGCUGGUACCGAGGCUAUACCCUACGGAAGAAGUCCAAGAAGGGCAUAUUUCCUGCUUCCUACAUCCACCUUAAAGAUGCCAUCGUUGAAGGCAAAGGGCAGCAUGAGACCGUCAUCCCUGGGGACCUUCCGCUCAUCCAGGAGGUCACCAGCACCCUCCGGGAGUGGUCCACCAUCUGGAGACAACUGUAUGUGCAAGACAACCGGGAGAUGUUCCGGAGCGUGCGGCACAUGAUCUACGACCUGAUGGAGUGGCGCUCGCAGAUCCUGUCGGGGACGCUGCCGCAGGAUGAGCUCAAGGAGCUGAAGAAGAAGGUCACCGCCAAGAUCGAUUAUGGAAACAGAAUUCUGGACUUAGACCUGGUGGUGAGGGAUGAAGAUGGGAACAUUCUGGACCCGGAGCUCACCAGCACCAUCAGUCUCUUCAGAGCUCAUGAAAUUGCCUCGAAGCAAGUGGAGGAAAGAUUGCAAGAGGAAAAGUCACAGAAGCAGAAUAUGGACAUGAGCCGCCAGGCCAGGUUUGCAGCCACCCCAUCCCUGGCACUGUUCGUCAACCUCAAGAAUGUAGUUUGUAAGAUUGGAGAAGAUGCGGAGGUGCUCAUGUCUCUUUACGAUCCUGUGGAGUCCAAGUUCAUCAGUGAAAACUACCUGGUUCGCUGGUCGAGCUCAGGGCUGCCCAAGGAUAUAGACCGGCUGCAUAACCUGCGGGCAGUGUUCACGGACCUGGGCAGCAAAGACCUGAAGCGGGACAAGAUCAGCUUCGUGUGCCAGAUCGUGCGCGUGGGCCGCAUGGAACUGCGAGACAGCAACACGCGCAAACUCACCUCGGGGCUGCGAAGGCCCUUCGGCGUGGCAGUGAUGGACGUCACCGAUAUAAUAAAUGGGAAAGUGGAUGAUGAAGAUAAACAGCAUUUCAUUCCCUUCCAGCCGCUCGCGUUGGAUGACGCCAUCCGCCACAAGCCGCUCAACAUGUCAUCCCGUUUCUCACCCAGGGUGGCGGGGGAGAGUGACUUCCUGCAGACUGUUAUUAACAAAGUCGUGGCCGCCAAGGAAAUCAACCACAAGGGCCAGGGUCUGUGGGUGACUCUGAAACUGCUUCCUGGGGACGUGCACCAGAUCAGGAAGGAGUUUCCACACCUGGUAGACCGGACCACGGCUGUGGCCCGAAAGACGGGCUUCCCGGAAAUCAUCAUGCCUGGUGAUGUCCGGAAUGACAUCUAUGUGACUUUGGUCCAAGGAGAUUUUGACAAAGGCAGCAAAACCACAGCCAAGAACGUGGAAGUGACGGUGUCAGUGUUUGAUGAGGAAGGAAAGAGACUGGAGCACGUGCUUUUCCCGGGUGCUGGCGACGACGCGAUCUCCGAGUACAAGUCGGUGAUUUACUACCAGGUCCGGCAGCCUCGCUGGUUUGAGACCGUGAAGGUGGCCAUCCCCAUCGAGGAUGUGAACCGCAGUCACCUUCGCUUCACCUUCCGCCAUCGCUCCUCACAGGACUCCAAGGACAAGUCUGAGAAGAUCUUUGCUUUUGCCUUUGUGAAACUCAUGAGAUACGAUGGGACCACGCUGAGGGAUGGGGAACACGACCUCAUUGUCUAUAAGGCUGAGGCGAAGAAGCUGGAAGACGCAUCCACGUACCUGAGCCUGCCGUCCACCAAGGCUGAGCUGGAGGAGAAGGGCCACUCGGUGACAGGCAAGAGCCUGCAGGGCCUUGGCAGCUGCAGCAUCAGCAAAGACUCCUUCCAGAUCUCCACACUUGUAUGCUCCACCAAGCUCACCCAAAAUGUGGACCUCCUGGGCCUGCUCAAAUGGCGCUCAAACACCAGCCUCCUGCAGCAGAACCUGCGGCAGCUCAUGAAAGUGGAUGGCGGUGAGGUGGUAAAGUUCCUGCAGGACACCUUGGAUGCCCUCUUUAACAUCAUGAUGGAGAACUCGGACAGUGAGGCCUUUGACACGCUGGUCUUUGAUGCUCUGGUUUUCAUCAUCGGCCUCAUCGCGGACCGAAAAUUCCAGCAUUUCAACCCUGUUCUGGAAACGUACAUCAAGAAGCACUUCAGCGCCACGCUGGCCUACAUGAAGCUGACCAAAGUGCUUCGGAACUACGUGGACAAUGCCGAGAAGCCAGGUGUCGGGGAGCAGCUGAGCCGCGCCAUGGGCUCCCUGGAGUAUAUUUUCAAGUUCAUCGUGCGCUCCCGGGUCCUAUUCAACCAACUGUACGAGAACAAAGGCGAGGCUGACUUUGUGGAGUCCCUGCUGCAGCUCUUCCACUCUAUCAACACCAUGAUGAGCAGUGCUUCGGACCAGACCCUGCGUGUGAAGUGCGCCGCGCUCAAGUACCUACCCACGAUCGUCAAUGAUGUGAAGCUGGUGUUUGACCCCAAAGAGCUCAGCAAAAUGUUCACUGAAUUCAUCCUCAACGUUCCUAUGGGCUUGUUGACUAUCCAGAAGUUGUACUGCCUGAUUGAGAUCAUUCAUAGUGACCUCUUCACGCAGCAUGACUGCAGGGAGAUUCUACUGCCAGUGAUGACGGACCAGCUCAAGUACCACCUGGAGCGACAGGAGGACCUAGAGGCCUGUUGCCAGCUGCUGAGCACCAUCCUGGAGGUCCUGUCUCGCAAGGAUGUGGGCCCGACCCCGAGGCAUGUCCAGAUCAUCAUGGAGAAGCUUCUGCGCACUGUCAACCGGACAGUCAUUUCCAUGGGCCGGGACUCAGAGCUCAUUGGAAACUUCGUGGCCUGCAUGACAGCGAUUCUACGGCAGAUGGAGGAUUAUCAUUAUGCACAUUUGAUCAAGACUUUCGGGAAGAUGAGGACGGAUGUGGUGGAUUUCCUCAUGGAAACAUUCAUCAUGUUCAAGAACCUGAUCGGAAAGAAUGUCUACCCGUUCGACUGGGUCAUCAUGAACAUGGUGCAGAAUAAAGUCUUCUUGCGAGCAAUUAAUCAGUAUGCAGAUAUGCUGAACAAAAAGUUUCUGGAUCAAGCCAAUUUUGAGCUACAGCUCUGGAACAACUAUUUCCACCUGGCCGUGGCCUUCCUCACCCAAGAUUCCCUGCAGCUCGAGAGCUUCUCCAGUGCCAAGAGAGCCAAGAUCCUCAACAAGUAUGGAGACAUGAGGAGACAGAUCGGUUUUGAGAUCAGAGACAUGUGGUACAACCUGGGGCAACACAAGAUCAAGUUCAUUCCCGAGAUGGUCGGCCCUAUCCUGGAGAUGACACUCAUCCCUGAGACAGAGCUGCGUAAGGCCACCAUCCCCAUCUUCUUCGACAUGAUGCAGUGCGAGUUCCAUUCCACACGGAGCUUCCAGAUGUUUGAAAAUGAGAUCAUCACCAAGCUGGAUCAUGAAGUGGAAGGCGGCCGAGGCGAUGAGCAGUACAAAGUGUUAUUUGAUAAAAUCCUCCUGGAGCACUGCAGGAAGCACAAGUACCUGGCCAAGACUGGAGAGACCUUUGUGAGGCUAGUGGUGCGGCUCAUGGAGCGGCUGCUGGACUACAGGACCAUCAUGCACGAUGAGAACAAGGAGAACCGAAUGAGCUGCACUGUCAAUGUGCUGAAUUUCUACAAGGAAAUUGAAAGAGAAGAAAUGUACAUAAGGUACCUAUACAAGCUGUGUGACCUGCACAAAGAGUGUGACAACUACACUGAGGCCGCCUAUACCCUGCUGCUCCACGCCAAGCUCCUGAAGUGGUCCGAGGAUGUGUGUGCCGGCCACCUCACGCAGCGCGACGGCUACCAGGCUACCACGCAGGGGCAGCUGAAGGAGCAGCUGUACCAGGAGAUCAUCCACUACUUUGACAAGGGCAAGAUGUGGGAAGAGGCCAUUACUCUGGGCAAGGAGCUCGCUGAACAAUAUGAGAACGAGAUGUUCGACUACGAACAGCUCAGUGAACUGUUGAAAAAGCAAGCUCAGUUCUACGAGAACAUCGUCAAGGUCAUCAGGCCCAGGCCUGACUACUUCGCUGUCGGCUACUAUGGACAGGGCUUCCCUUCCUUCUUGCGGGGCAAAGUCUUCAUCUACCGAGGGAAGGAAUACGAGCGCAGGGAAGACUUUGAGGCCCGGCUGCUGACUCAGUUUCCAAACGCAGAGAAAAUGAAAACAACAUCACCGCCCAGCGAGGAUAUUAAAAACUCCCCUGGCCAGUACAUUCAGUGCUUCACUGUGAAGCCCAAACUUGACCUGCCUCCCAGAUUCCACCGACCAGUGUCAGAGCAGAUCCUCAGUUUCUACAGGGUGAAUGAGGUCCAGCGCUUCGAAUAUUCACGGCCGAUCCGCAAAGGAGAGAAAAACCCAGACAAUGAAUUUGCGAAUAUGUGGAUUGAGAGAACCAUCUACACCACCGCCUACAAGCUGCCAGGCAUACUGAGAUGGUUUGAAGUCAAAUCUGUUUUCAUGGUGGAGAUCAGCCCCCUGGAGAACGCCAUUGAGACCAUGCAGGUGACCAAUGAUAAGCUGAAGAGCAUGAUCCGGCAACACCUGGACGAUCCCGGGCUGCCCAUCAACCCACUGUCCAUGCUGCUCAAUGGCAUUGUGGACCCUGCCGUCAUGGGUGGCUUUGCCAACUAUGAGAAGGCCUUCUUCACGGAGCGGUACCUGCAGGAUCACCCCAAUGCCCAUGAGAACAUUGAGAAGCUCAAGGACCUGAUUGCCUGGCAAAUCCCAUUUCUGGCUGAAGGAAUCAAGAUUCAUGGGGACAAGGUCACAGAGGCACUGCGGCCAUUCCAUGAGCGCAUGGAGUCUUGCUUCCGGCUGCUGCGGGAGAAGGUGGAGAAGCAGUAUGGAGUACGCACCAUGCCAUCCUGCCUGGAUGAGCGCCGAGGCAGCCGCCCACAGUCCAUGGUCCGCUCCUUCACGAUGCCGUCUUCAUCCCGGCCCCUGUCAGUGGCCUCCAUGUCAUCCCUGUCUUCAGACAGCACACCAUCUCGGCCAGGCUCUGAUGGAUUUGCCCUGGAGCCGCUGCUACCCAAGAAAAUGCACUCCAGAUCUCAGGAUAAGCUGGACAAGGAGGACCCAGAAAAGGAAAAGAAGGACAAGAAAAAGGAAAAGAGAAACAGCAAACACCAGGAGGGCUUCGACAAGGACUUCCGGCCCAGUGACAGCCCUGUGCCACCCUCGGAGGCCGUGAUCCUCUCAGAAACGAUAAGCCCCCUGCGGCCCCAGAGGCCCAAGAGCCAGGUGCUGUGCACCAUCGGAAACGAGAGGCGCUUCUCUGUGUCCCCAGCGUCACCAACAUCCCAGCAGACACCCCCUCCUGUCACACCACGGGCCAAGCUCAGCUUCAGCCUGCAGUCCAGCUUGGAGUUGAAUGGCCUGAGUGGGGCGGACAUGGCUGAGGUGCCCCCACCACUGCCCCUCAAAGGCAGCACGGCCGACUACGGGAAUGUGGUGGACAGCCCUGAUGGGACAGGCCCACCCCUGCCCCCACCCCCGCCGCCCCACCAGAGGCAUCUGCCUCCACCACUGCCCAGCAAAACACCCCCACCCCCUCCUCCGAAGACAACACGCAAACAGACGUCUGUGGACUCAGGCAUUGUGCAGUGAGGCCAGCCGGGCCCCCACGCCUCCCUGUCCUUGCUCCCACCUCCCUCCUCCAGUCCCUUCCCGUACCUCCUGCCAGUGCCACCAGCCCCUUCUGUGGCUCCUCAUCCUUCUGAGUUGGUUUUGGUCCCAGAGUGAGCACCAGCAAGCAUGGCCCUGCAGGAGCCGGUGUGUCCAUCAGAUCAGGCUGGGGCCUGGAAUCUUCCCAGAAUGUCAGACCCCUAAGUCCUUCCUUUUUGUGCCAAAUGACUCACCAGCUAAGAGCCAAGCGGACUGGACAGUCAUUGUGCAGAAGUCAAACCUCCACCCAGAGUUGGCAGGGGCAGGGGACAGCCAGGGCUCCCUCCAGGCUGCCUUCCUUGCCUCCCUUGCCUCCCAGCCACUCUGCCAGCAUGGCAUCCCCCAGGCCAGCUCCAAUCCAUGGAAAGGCAGCGGCCCUUGGGUACACAUGUAAACAGGCAGUUUCUCAGCUACUGAGCAGUUACUAAUUUAUAAGGUGGAAGCUCAUGAAAAAAAAAAAAAAAAAAAAAGCUGGAUCCUGUGAACCAGAGUCCCAAGUAUAAGAAGACAGGCUUGCUCGCUCACUCUUUCACUCUUUCUGAGAAGGAGAUGACCUGCCCAGAUGCACCGUUUGCUUUGUAUGAAUUCAUCUUGUCUUCAUUCUGUACAGAAGUUUGUAUAUAGGACAGUCCCCAAGCUCUUUCAUUUGCUGUCUGUGUCUUCCUGCAACCUCGAGAGAAGCAGCUCUCGGCACUGUGGGGAAUGAAAGAAACACAGAAAUCAGGUGUUAAUUAUUAUCUUGUUCCUUUUCAGGACACCCACAUCCUGAAAAUGUGGGUGGACAAUGAAUUUUGAAAUCUAACUUUGUAUGACCUAAUAUUGUAUUCUAUCACCUCUAUUUUUUUAUUCACUAUAAUCAUGUUCUGCCCAUAGGCUCCAAGUUAAUCCUUGACCACGGAGAAAUAAAGUGGUAUUUAAAGGCA